GUUUAUGGUAAAAAUAUAAUAUAAUAUUAUAGUUAUUAUACCUGUUUUUAAAGGUUUUUUUUUUUUUUAAUUUUAAUAAAUUAUAUAUUUUGUAUUUUAUUAUGAUUAAUGUGUACGAUACAUUUGGUUCAUUACAAUUACAUGUAUACUGUAAUAAAUAUUAGGAAAAAUUAUUUAGAAUACAAAAGGUAUUACUAUACCUAAGUAGUACAGUUAAUUAAUUAAUGUAUUUUAAUUGUAUUAUACCGAUGUUUAUUAAAUUAGGUAAAAAAGUAUCAUUUGAUCAGCAAUAAUGACAGAAAUUGACACUCGGUAUAUAGCAUUUGAAAAUGAUCAUACCUAUUUAAAAACUACGCCUGAUAGCAAAAAAGAUGUUCAAAUUGUACAAACUAAUAUUUCUCCUGUUAGGUAAGUUUUAAUGAUAUUUUAAUAUAUUUUUAUUUUUGAUUACAUGAUACCUAAUUGUUUUUUAUUUGUUUAAAUUAAACAAUUACAAAGUAUACUUAAUUUUAGAUUUUUCAUAUUUUUUAGUUCCAACAAAAAUGCAUUUCGCGUUUUAUCGGAUCCUCCACCAACAGAUUGUCAACAAAAGACAGUCCAUGCAACUCAAAAUAAAACUAUUCUUUCAAAAACUCUAAGUGCAGUGAAAGUACCAAAUCCAAAUGUAAUUUUCAUUGCAGAUCCUUUACAUUUUUCAAUACCUUUAAAAAUGAAUAUGUAAGUAUAAGAUUUAUAAGAAAGUUUUUAUUGAUAUUUUUUUAAUAUUUAAUUAUUUUCAGAUCACCCAAUAACUCUUCUGUACAAAAAGUUAAUACAGGAAAUAAAUCUACUAUGCGACCUAUACAACCAAAAAUAACAAAUGAUUUGAAAAUGAUUAAUACUGCACAGGCUCAUUCUAAUUCCUUCCUUCUUCCUUCUACAAAUACUUCUUUAAAUCCAAAAUUACCAAUUAUGUAAGUACUUAAUACAGCAAUUAUUGUUAGCAUUUAAAAUAUUAAUUGUAUUUAAUGACGUCAGAUAGGUAUACUUUUUCUUGUAUCUAAUUAUAUAAUAAUAUGGUGCAUAUUUAGUAUUAUUGAUUAUAAAUACUAUGGAUCGCUUACUGGUUCAAGAUGCGACUUUUAGGGGAGGGGUAUAGAUGCCAAGCCCCUACCUAGACAUUUUAUUGAACUUUACACAUAAAUACUUUUUUCUAAAAGUAUAUAAUAACACAAUACAGACAUAGUGUAUGCACAAUAUACUAUUUAUUUAUUAAUUUAUUUUAUAAUUCAUCCAAAAGCCAAUUUAAUAAUAAUAUCAGUAAAUAAAGUACAGUGAACACAACUUGUAGUAUAACGACAAAGAUGAGACUAAGAGUAAAAAUUAAAAUUUAAGUUUAAUAAUAUUAGUACUUGAUAUUUUUAUAUUUUUUAUUUACAUUGAUAAUAAACAAAAAAUUUAUUUCGAAGUUAUGAAGGAAAACUUCAAAAAGUUUGGGUUUUCCAUUAUGUGCAUUUUUUAGUUAAAUUUAAUAUUUUCAAAAAAAAAAAAAACUGAUAAUGUAUAGUUUUCAGUGCUUAAUCUAUUAUUUAAAGCAAUCAAUAAAAACUUCUCUAUCAUACUUACUAUUAAAGUUUUCGUAUAUAACCUUGGAAAAUGUCUUUGAGAAUUUUGUUUUUAUCAUUUUCUUGAAUUCAUUAAAGAAGUUACAGGGAUGUGGGGAUAACUUGCUAUUUAUUCCUACUCACCAACUUGAUUGCAGCUACAUGGCUCACUUCAACCCUUCUAACAGGAAAGCGAAAGAAUAAUCACUUAGUUAAACUAAAUUUCCUACCUAAUACUAUGUUGAGGAAAAUAAUGUCUUUACAUAAUCUAGAACUCUAGACACGUUCUUUGACCGUCUUCUUUCAAUUAGUAUUAUGUACAAUUAAAAUAACUAAAUUUUUUAAUAAUGAUUUUCAAAAAAUAAUAAUAAGAUUUUUAUGUUUAUAUGUAAGAAUUUUAAUCAAGCUUUUUUAUAUUUUUCAUCUAUACAAAGUCAAUAGAAAAAUAAAUUUUAAAAUUGCUUGUAUACUAAAGUAGAAUUAUGCCAACAAUAAAAAAUAUUAAUAAAUUUAUAUUUAUUAUUUAUUAAACAUUUUUUAAUAAAACUACAUUUGAGAUAAAAUAGUAUCAAGUGUUUUGACAAUUAGUUUUUAAAUAUGAAAAUUCAUUAUUUUUCUUGAAACAAAAAAUAAUAAUAUAUAAGCACAAGCAAGUUGACUUGGUUUAUCCAUAAUAGUCCUACCUGGAACUUUUUCCAUGCAAUUAUUUGCAACCUAUUUAAUUACAGAAAAAGUAAUACAACAUUUUAUGACGUUGCAUGGAAAAUUCAAAUUACUAAAUGGAUUAUAAAGGCAUAAUUCCGAUAAACUAAUGUCUAAUUUAGGUACUUUCUAAAUAUUUAUUAGAAUCAGUAUUUUAUAUUGUUUUUAUUAAAUCAUAAAAAUUUUGUUUCUUAUAAGUUAUUAGAAACAUAUACAUUUAUUUAUAACUAAACAAACAAAGAGAAGCAUUUAAAAUAAAAAUAUCCAGAUCCUAUUACUUAUAUUUAAAUAUAAAACCCUUUUUAUUCAGUUUUAGGUUUUUAUUUUUUAUAAAUCAAAAAUUAAAUGUAUACAAAUUGUAAACAAAUUCAAAUACUAAUUAUUAGGUAUUUAUUUUUUAAUAAUAAAAGUACUGAUAUUUUAAGUUAUUAAAUAAUUUUAAAGAAAGCAAAUAAAGUUAUAUUUUGUGGAUAAUAUGUAGGAUUAGUAUUUUAAUUAGCUAUUAUGAUUAGUUAUGAAUGAUGUUUAUUAAUAAUUGAAUUUAAUAUUGUACUUUGAUUGUAAUUUCAGAACACAAAAAAAAUCAUCUAAGAAAUCAAAACCUAUUGUACCAAAUAUACUACCAGAGAAACCUGUUGUCAAACCUAUUAAACCAAAUACAAUAAAAACCAAACCUGUUAUUAGACAUAAUAUUAAAGCAUUGAAAAAUAAAAUAGCCAAUAAUUAUGAAAAUGGAGUAUGCACAAUAAAGUUAUCUUCUAGUUUACUUAAGCGUAUACAAAAUGGAGAAAAGUUGUUUAUGUGUAUGGAAUGUGAUAAAAUCUUUACAGAACAUAAAGAUUUAUUAGAUCACCAAAUAAUUCAUAAUAAAUCUGAUGAAAAAACAAUUGAACCAGAAACAGAAAUAAGGUAAUGUCAAAUAACUUGUCAUUAAAGGUGAAUUUUAUUAGUUAACAAUAAUUGUAUUUUUCAGAGAAAACCCAAGUGAAAACUCAUUGGACACUAAUUUAAUACAAUUUACAGCAAUUGAAAGUGAAAGGAAAAAAAAUAAUGAUAACAACAAAAUCAGCAAACAAAUUAAACCCACAACAAAAACUACAAUUAAUCCUAAAAGGCGAAAAAUUGUUUUUCAAGGUGAAUGUAUUAUAUGCCAUUUAGUAUUCCCAGAUCUUGGAAAACAUAUAAGAACUGUUCAUCAAACUCAUCCAAGAGACUUCAAUAAAAAUAAUAUUAAUCAAUUAAACUUCAAUUGUUACUCAUGUGAUAUGGAAUUUGAUGAUCAACAACAGCUACGUGCUCAUGAAUUGGCUGCACAUAAGUCAAUUAAUUAUGUUUACAAUUGUGAACAAUGUUGUCAAGAUUUUCUUUAUAAAGAAGAAUUGGAAGCUCACAUUGAAACACAUUAUAAUGAAAAUAAAAAAUAUUUAUGUCCAUAUUGUGAUGCUGGUUUUCCUUAUUCUAAUGGAUUGAAAAACCACCUAGUUAAACAUAUUGACUUAAAUGGUUCUGAAAACUCAACCUCUGAUGUAGCGACCAAUCAAAUAGAACAUAGUCCUAUUAGGCCUAUUAAAUCUGAACAAUUGGAUCAAUUAUUUGCAGAUUUAGAACAUAUUUCAGAUGAUUGUGAUGAAGUUUAUGUUGAACAAGAUGUUGAUGAUAAAUAUCAAGUUAGGUUUGCUACAAAUGAUGUUGUAAAAAGUGAAUUAGAUUCACUUGUUGAUGAAGAUACUAAUGUUGAUAUAGAAUUUAACAAGUGAAUGCUUAUAUUAUUUUAAUAUUAUACUUCAAAUUUCUUUUUAAAUAAAUGUAAUAUGUUUUUAGUAAGAUACCCAACUUAUAUUAAUAUAAUACAUAUUAAUUUGUAUUUUGUUGUAGCGUGCCAUUAGAAGAUAAUAACAAAACUAUUAUUAACCAACAGCAAAUUACUACUGUAUCAAAAAAACGAGUAAGUUAUACAGUAUGCCGUUUAUGCUUGAUGAUUGUAAGUUAUUCAAGAAUUGGAAAACAUAUGAAGAAAAAACAUAAUAAUGCUGCACCUUAUCAAUGUGAGUUAUGUCAUGCUGAAUUUAAUCGCAAACACAUUAUGGAUGAUCACCGAAGAAAACAUACAAAUACUAAACCGCAUAAGUAAUAACUUCUUACUGUUAGUAAGAACUAUACUAACAUCAUUCAUUUAUAUUUUAUGAAUUUUAAUUUUAUCAUUGUGUCUUAAAGUAUGAACUUUAAGAUGAAUAGGACGAACAUUUUAUUUACUUCUUAAAAUAAAAAUAUACACAGUACUAUACAAGGUGUAACAAAGCACAGUUAUUAAUAUUACUUAAUUUGGUUGUCAUGGGCGAGCUAUAUAAUAUAUAAACUUUAUUUAUAUUAAUUUAGUAUUAUGGGUAACAUUGUGAUCUUGCUCCGCUAACAACUAAUAAUUGCUGAAAUUACUCAAUAUUUAUUAUUAAAAUUAUACAAUUUUGUCACUAAAUGGUUCAUAUUAUAUUUCAAGAUACAAUAAAAUAAUUUUUUGUUUUCAUAAAGUUGAUGAACCAUGAAUUUAAAAACAGAAUAUUAUUUUCAGCUUAUAAAAUUAUUAAUUAAUAUGUGUUGAUUUAUUUAAACUCUUGAUAAUUUAUUAUGUGGCAAAUACUUAAACAUUUUUAUUUUAUUUUUUUUAUUCAUUUGUAAAAUUAUAAUUUUAUUAGAUGUAUUGAGUGUUCCAAAUGUUUUACUUACAAACACCACCUUAGUCGGCACAUAAUGAUAGUUCAUAAUUCUGAUUCAUUGGAAAAAUUAUUCAAAUGUCCUGUCUGUGAUAAGGCGUUUUCAUUUAAGGAGUAUUUGACACUACACAUUAAGUAUGAUUAUUAAUUUAAAAAAAAAAAAUUAUUGAACUUGUGCAUAAAUUAUUAUGAUUAAUUGAUUUUAUUUAAUUUUUUAGUAGCCGACACAAGGGCAAACAUUAUAUGUGUCAGAUUUGUGAAAAAAGUUUUUCUACAAAUGCAGCACUGAAUAAACAUCAACUAUGUCACACUGAUGAACGACCAUACAUGUGUGAACAUUGUGGACGGACAUUUAAGUGUAAAACUCAUUGUGAUACACAUACAAAAAAUAUGCAUCCAGGAGAUCCUCAACAUGUACUACCACCACAAAAAUUUGAAUGUAGUUUGUGCAAUAAAAAAUUUAGCACAAAAAUUUACCGUGAUAUGCAUUUUAAAAGGCAUAAUGGUCAAGGUCAUCACUGUGAUAUAUGCUUCAAAUUAUUUGUUUCCAAAGCACAUAUGCAAAGGCAUAUUAAAAUAAUGCAUGCAAAUUAGUUUAGAUAAUAAUGAUUACAAUUUUAUUUUUAUCUGUUUAUUAUUUUGUAAACAUUUUUUAAUACUGAAACAAAAAUUAUAUUUUUAGUCCUAUGAAACAUAUUUGUAAUAUAAACAAACAAGUAAAAUUAAUAAGUAUUCACGUAAAAAUACGUGGUAAAAAGGUAGGUACUGAAAGUUUUAUUAAUAUUUUUUUCUUUUUUUUUAAAACCAAUUUAUUGAAAGAAAUGUACUAUUUUUUGAAACUAAUAUUUAUUGUAUACCCUGUUAGAUGAUAGUGAGUAAAAAUAAAUAUUUUAAAAUAUGUUGCAACCAUAGACAUAUAAUAUUCUAUUAUAUGUCUGGUUGCAGCAUAGUCAAUGAAUACUGCUUAUCAUUUUGAACUAUUCCAUGUUUUGUGGGAGAUAUAUUUGUAUUUAUAUAUGUACACAUCCAGAUUGGGUUAGUGUGUGGUCAACAAACUUUUGGAAGAGUUUAUUUUGUUCAUAUAACAGAUAUAAGUUUAUGCUUGUAUUAGGCUAAGUAUUAAAUUUACACUUAUACAGUUAUUAAUUAUAGUACUGGUUAAAGUCUGAGCUGAACUUGCUGAGAAACUCAUCAAAGGUUUAUUUCAGUGUUGGAAUACCUUGAAAAAAUACCAAGGUAUUUAAAUAUCUAGUUGUCUAGACCAUCCCACCAUAGAAUAGUUGAACUAUCUGGACAUCAAUAACAGUUAACAAAUUAAUUCAUACUUAUAAAUAACAACUAUUUAGUUAUUCAGCGACUUUAAUUGUUUUUAAACUAAAGUAAAGAAAAAAAUAUUUUUAUAUUAGUUAAGUAAUUUGUUCCAAUUACCAGUAAAUUUGGUACACAAAAAAAAAUAUCCAAAUACAACACACAAAGACACUGACAACACUAAGUGAAGAAUGCUAUAAAUAUAGCAUUACUAUUUAUAUGUAUAAAUAGUAUAAAAUUCAUAUUGAUAAAUUAUAUUGAAUGAACUCAAUAUUUAAUUAUAACUACAACUAGUUAACAUUGAUAUCCGAAC